GGUGGCGGCACGUCUUUCGCGGCAUCCCGAAUCGAGCAUGAUGACGACACGCCAAAACCCGUACGUGUAGGGAGCCGAGCAUGCACUGUGUCUGCCCUUGCAGAAGGACCUUUCGGCUCUCCGCUGUGGUUUGCGCCGCCAGAGCAUAAGCUUGGGCGUUCGCAUGCGGCGUACAAACUCAAUGCACCCUGUCCCAGUAAGCACUGCAUAUUGCUUUGUGUACUUUGACCGUCUAGGCUGCUCCACAUAAAGCCGCGACGAGUCGAGUCUGCUUUCCUAUACACCGUUUGGCCUGUCAUCCUUCAUCAUGAGCCUGCCAAAGCACCCAGCAGCCGUGCACUUCUCCAUCACCACUACGCUGCUGACGGGCGCUCUGGACGUGGCACACUUCCUCUUCCACUAUGGCCCGACAUCUGCCACAGCGGCUUCAAUCUACAAGAUUCUGGACAUCCAAUUGAGCCCAGAGCUCUUCCCUCUCUUCUCCUACUACACCACCAUCCUCACCAUCCUCUUCGCCGUUCCCGCCGUCAUGACGGGCGCAGCCGAACUCAUGCCGCUGAUCAAGCGCGACGGCCUCGGCUCGCGCAAAGCCAAAAUCGCCAUCGCCCAUGCCAUGAUCAAUGACAUGACCGUUCUCGCUGCCGUCUUCAACUGGUGGACGCGCAGGACUACCCCCAUGUUUAUGCCAACCACGACAAACAUCCUGGUCAGCAGUAUGUUUGCCCUGCCCGCCACCAUGUUUGCCGCCCAUCUUGGUGGCAGCCUGGUGUACAACUACGGUAUGGGCCUCAGGAUCGGCCAAGCGGCCAAGGCAAAGAAGGGACAAUAGGACGACGCAAAGUGAGCCAGGUGGCGGUGUUGCAUUCAGGAAGCCGAGCUCAGGCUAGCGCACUCCUGCACAAAACUAUUGACUUUCUUUCGAUAUUUGUAGAGAGUCACGGCCCAUUGACAAAAUGUCCCAAACAGUCUCUGCAUGAGCCUAAUUCUAUUCAUGGACGACUACUACAAUCCAAAUUCUAGUAUUUCGUACUCUCCGC